AUGCACAUUCCAAUCAUUGAUUUUUCGGCUUUCCUGGACUCAACCAGCAGCGACCAUGUAAAGCUCGAGGUAGCCAAGAACCUUGACCAAGCAUGUCGCGAGGUCGGCUUCUUCUAUCUCUCGGGUCAUGGAAUCGAUCCAUCUUUGUUCUCGGACAUGCUAUCAAACGCCAAGCAGUUCUUCACCACCGCUUCCACUGAGGAGAAGGAUCGGAUCAAAGUCAGGCCUAGCGGCGAGGGGACCGGCGAUGAUAGCAGAGGCUACAGGGUAGUCGAGAGAGCUGAUGCAGGCUACGAAGCUGUCGAUUUCCUUCGCGAGAUCGAAACAGAUGGGCCACCGUACACCCGAGGCCUUGGUCGCAACCAAUGGCCCCAAACACCAGAAUCGCUUCGCUCGACCGCUGAAGAAUACACUACACAUCUAGAGACCCUUGGUGUUGCGAUCAUGAAAGCUUUUGCUCUGGCCUUAGACGUACCGGAAGAAACAUUCGCCAGCAGAGUUGAUCAGUCAUUCUGGCAAUUGCGUUUGGCUGCGUAUCCUGGUGUGCCGGAAGGGCUGGAUCAAACCAAGAGCGGAUUGUACCAGCACAGUGACUUUGGUAUUCUAACGUUUCUCUUGACUGAUGACCACAAAGGCUCGCUGAAAGUUCUCGCUCCCAAUGGAGAAGAUUGGUUAUCCGCCGAUCCCGUUCCAGGUGCUCUGAUCUGUAACAUUGGCGACAUGCUUUCUGUCUGGACCGAUGGUAUAUAUAAAUCAACACAACAUAAGGUAUUGCACACAUCUCAAGAUAUGCGCAUAUCAAUCCCAUUCUUCUUCGAUCCAAACUGGAACGCUAGGAUUGAGCCUGUAUUGGGAAACGCCGAAAAGAAGUCAAAAGGCGAGGGCGUGAACUACAAAGAUGUAUUCACGGGUGCUAUCAAAUACCCAUACUGA